AUUCCAGAUGCUUAGGUGGCCUCAACAGCCCAGUUUGAACUUCUCUUCUUGAUGCCUAAAAUCAUACACGGUAAGUCAGGGUAAAUGGUCAUCAUAUGCGUGUAUGUAUCUAGUUGCACCCUGCUGAGUACCAGCGAUUCAAUUAUGCGUAUUUGUCUGUACCUGAUGUACCUGAAACGAUCGUCCCCCGCCAAACUGUUGCUUCAACGGGAAAUUUUGCACGGCUGGAGAGGCACAGGGGCAAGAGGGGGGCAUUGAGGGGCAGAGUCAAGCCUAAGGCCAGUAAUUAGGGGAAUCAGAUGCACCGCUAAAGACCGUAAGCCACGAAUUGCCCACCAGUGCGUCAUCUUCAACAACACGAAUCUCGAAAGAAUUAAAAGCCCUCAACGCAAUAUCACCCUGUGCGCCCUCCAGACAAGAAACAUAUCGGCCACAGCAAAUACCAGACCCAUCUCUGCCGGCCAUGGCUUCAUCAGAUAAAGCAGGCCUCCCACCUCCCGACACACCCACAGAUGCACCUCCAUCAUACGAAGCCACCUCGGAUCCUUCACCAAACAAGAAUCGAAAUUCCAACACCAACACAGGACCACCAGGAACAUCAUCACAACCACGAAGACCUAACCUUCCACCCCCACCACCACUACAACUCCCCGCCUUAAAUCUCCUCCGCGGCAAAAGAGUCGUGCUAGCAUCAGCGUCGCCACGAAGACAGCAACUUCUCGCGCAAAUUGGUCUGACCGACCUUGAGAUCAUCCCCUCCAAAUUCGAAGAGAACCUCCCCAAAACACUCUCCCCAUUUGACUAUGUGCUGGGAACGGCAUCACAAAAGGCUCUUGCCGUGUACAAAUCCGAAGUCGACGACGAAUCUAAAUCCGAGCCCGCACUGAUUAUUGCAGCCGACACGAUUGUGGUGACGAUACAUGGCGAAAUCCUCGAGAAACCACGGAGCGAGGCACAUCAUAUUGCUAUGUUGAAGUCUUUGCGUGACACGGGUGUUCAUAAGGUUUAUACUGCCGUAACGGUGGUGAGACCUUUGGACAGUGCAAGGGAUCCGGGUUAUGCUAUCGAGACAGCCACGGAGGAGACGACGGUUAAAUUCGACCGCGAUCUUUCGGACGAUGUCUUGUUGGCCUAUGUCCGGACGAGAGAAGGUGCUGACAAGGCUGGUGGAUAUGGUAUUCAGGGUACUGGUGCGAUCCUGGUUGAAGGUAUUGAGGGCAGUUUUGACAAUGUCGUUGGUCUGCCCCUUAGGGUUACUCUCAAGUUGAUUGAGAGUGUUGUGGCUAAAAGUGAUGAUGAUGAGAUCCUGCCGGAUGAUGAUUAUCUGGAUGUUGGUUCCGAUCUCGAAUAAUGACGAUCGAUGUUGCCUUGUCAUGGGAAUAGCAUAUAGAUUGAAUAGCAUUUGUACGGCGUUGGGUGGUCAGGACACAUGAAUCAUCUGCCAUAGACCAAAAUAUCAACAACAAAUUCA